AAGAGUAGGGGUUAAUUUUUACAACUGGACUCUUGUCUGUUCUAAUAUAGAUUUCGACAUUUAAGGACAGGAUAUAUCAGCACUUUGAAGAAUGUCUCGGUCAUGGUUGCUCCAGCUUUCUCUCCUGCUGACCGCUCUGCUUCUGGAACCGGUCCAGAGCAGGCACGGGUGCACUGACAGGUGCUGCUCCUUCCUGAAUAAAUUUCCAGGGAGGCUGAAGGCACUGAGGACGUCCUUUGCCACGAUAAGGGACUACUACGAAGGUAAAGACGACAUCGAGACGGCGCUGCUAGACGACGAUAUGCUAAGUGACUUCCAAAGUCCUUUCGGAUGCCACGCAAUAAACGACGUUCUACGAUUUUACCUGGACACCGUCCUACCAACUGCUAUUAAAGAAAAAGACAGAAAAGACUACACAUAUCAUAUCGACAAUAUAGGAGGCAUAUUCAAUGAGUUGAAGAAAGAAAUGCUUCACUGUAGAAAUUACUUUUCUUGCAAGAAACCUUUUGAACUCGACAGCAUCAUGACAACAUACAAAAAAAUGCAAGGCCAAGGACUAUACAAAGCUAUGGGGGAGCUGGGCCUGCUGUUUAAUUACAUUGAAGAGUACAUGAUGUCACUCAAGCCUAAACACUGAACCUCUGGAGACCUCGUGGUACAUCAUACCUGCGGCUAUAACCAUAAGCAAGUGCUGUGGAGACGGAUCACAGACAAACUUAAUGAAAUCUACACUUACCUCUUGUAUAUUGCAUUCCAGUUAUGAGAAUAGUUACCUCUUUACAGAUGAAGUUUCAGUGGAAAUCUAAACCAGAUGACAGCAAAGAUAUUCACACAUUGAGCAUAUGGUGAAGUCAGAUGAAUGUUUUUCAUGUAUUUAGUAGUGUUUGUAAUUUUGUCAUGUCAAGGACAUGGACCUGAGGAUGCAGGCAGUCAGGUGACAUCCUUAUGUGACAGUCAUGGGGGGGGGGGGGGGCUUUCAGCCUACCUUCUAAAACUGUCACUCUACCUCUUUAACCUGGAAACUGCAGUCCUGAUUUUUUGUUUUUUAAACGAGACCAAACACUGUUCCCUGAAAUACUGUCCAUCUAGUUUAACUUACUGUUAUGAAGCUACAUCUAUGCAUAAUCAAAGUUUAAAAAUGAGCUUUUGAAUUCCAUUGAAUUUUGAAUUGAGCAUACUUAUCAAGUCAUAUUGACAAAAUCAUAGUAUAUGACAUGCAUAUUUUUAAUAUUCAGGCAGGUGCAGUAGUAUUAUAUGUUUUGUUAAUUUACUCUUUAAUAUGCUGUUUUUGAUAUUUGUAUUUAUUAUUAUACUAUUUUUAUGAUGGUUAUAAGUUUUAAUUCAAACAACUAUUAUUUUAUACGAAUAAUAAUUAUUAAUAAAUAUGGUGAAUGCUGUAAAAAUAUAAGUGCUAUGUUGGUUUAGAAAAAUCUCCAUUGGGGAUUUGACUGCUUUUAAAUUUGAGAAGUAUGUGUAUGUAUUUAUUUAUUAU